AUGGCGGUCCGCUUAUGUGUACAGUUUAUUCUGGCUGUUGUUUCAAUUGAUGCGUUUUCCGGUCAAAUAAAUACAACAUACGAUAACAGUCUAGACGUAACAAAUCAAAACAUCGCGAGAUCUAAAUCUAUUUUUGAAACAUUUCUAAAACAACUAGUCGACAUACUGAUAGCAGAUUUCGCGGAAAAGAAGCUCAGGAGGUACUGUAGAAUUUUAUACGAGCAAUUAAGGUAUUCCGAGUAUCGAUACGGGAGGAAAUUCGCGAAACAUUUCAAACAUUUAUCGCGUAUGUACCACGACGAACUAUUAGAGGAAUUAGAGUUCUAUCGACGUGAACUUGAUAAAUCAAUGCAACAUAGGACAGAAUUCUUCGAAGCGAUAAAUGAAGCUUUUACUCUUCAGCAGGAGAUCUUGUUCGCUGAUUAUUUGUACGAUUUAAGAGAUUACGGUAAAGAAGAUAAGUUAUUUAUUCACGAGGAAACAAGGAAGCUGAUAAAAAAUGUUAUUAUAGAAAGUAUUCUAAAAUUAAGUGCAAAGUCACAAAAUGAUAUUGCAACAAAAUUGAGGAGAGCCCUAAAGGAAUUUAAAGCUUAA